AUGUCCUGCUACGGUCACAGCAGCCCCAACGCCGUCGUCCUUCCAAACUACGGGCCUUGCAGCCCCCAAGCAGGCAGCGUCAGUCUCUGCUGCGAAACCGGCCAAACCUGUCUUACCAAUCGGCUCUGCGUGACGCCCUCUGGGGUCUAUUACAACGGUGGCUGUACAGACAGUAUGUACAAGGCGGCAAUCUGCCCUACAUUCUGCACCUCGGGCGAUGCCAAUUGGGUGGUCGAAUGCCACGGCUCUGCGGUCAAGAACGGGGACUUCUGCUGCUCUGUCAAUGGGACGAGCAGUAGCUGUUGCAAUACCGCCAGCAAUGGCCUAGGUCUUGUUGCUGCUGUCUCUUCGGCUGAAGCAGUGUCUGCAACAUUUGUGGGGGCAAGCAUUGGUCCAGCAUCCAUCAGCAGUGGCGCCACCACUUCAAUCUCCGGAAGCACCACGGGUUCUUUCACAGCUACAUCCCUUCCGACAGCCACUCCCCAAUCCGAUGUAUCCACAGGUAUGCCUCGGAACGAGAAAGUCGACAUCGGAAUCGGAGUCCCAAGUGGGAUGGUGGGCCUCGUUGGCACCAUUCUUUGUCUCUGGUGGUGCAUCAAACGCGGACGUGGACCUCGCGGACCUAGAAGUACCAUCGUUGAAAUGAAUGUUCGACGAGAAGCAAGCGAUAAAUCCGAUGCUCGAGCACAGCCCACAGAGGGUGUAAUCCCGAACGAGAUUGAGGGCUCACAUCCCCGUGCUGAAGUUGAGGGCUCACCGGUUGGUCCUGUCGAGAUGGAUGCGAAUCAAACCCACGUUGCCCCGACGAGUCCACCACCUUAUGCCAAUGCUGUGGCUCCAGACAACAAUCCGCUUCAUGAGCCUUCGGCCACGCCUGGGUCAUGGUACGCACCGAAUAUGGGCAAUCUUUAG